AUGUCGUGUAAUUAUGCUGAAGGGUUAUCCAAAUACGAAAACAAAGGAGUUCUUGGUGUGGCAGAGAUUUUCGAUGCGCCCGAACUUGUGGACGAAAAAUGCGAACAGUUGGUGAAAAUGAUACUAGCAUCCAAUCAUACCGUCGUCCAUACUGGAGCCGGUAUCAGUACGAGCGCAGGCAUACCGGACUUCCGUGGUCCCAACGGUGUAUGGACGCUGGAGGAAAAGGGCGAAAAACCUGUAGUAAAUAUCUCGUUCGAUGAUGCUGCACCAACUCGCACGCACAUGGCUUUGAAGGCACUGGUAGGAACGGGCCAUGUCCAGUACAUUAUCAGCCAGAACAUCGAUGGUUUGCAUUUACGAUCGGGGCUUGCGAGAGAGCAUCUUUCCGAACUGCAUGGUAACAUGUUUAUAGAAGUGUGUACCAAAUGUCGGCGACAAUACGUGAGAAACAGCCCGGCUCCCACGGUGGGCAAAAAGGCAACGGGCAAUAUUUGUCCAGGUACCGGCAUGGGCCGUGCGUGUCGCGGUGGAAAGCUUAUCGACAACAUACUAGACUGGGAACAUGAUCUUCCGGAGAACGAUCUCCAACUUGCUUUUAUGCAUUCCGCCAUGGCAGAUUUGAACAUUUGUCUAGGAACGACGCUACAAAUAGUGCCAAGUGGUGAUCUCCCAUUGAAGAAUCUCAAGCAUGGUGGACGACUUGUAAUCUGCAAUCUUCAGCCGACUAAACAUGACAAAAAGGCUGACAUGAAAAUAUCAACUUACGUUGAUACUGUACUCGAAAAGGUGACCAAACGAUUGGGGGUAGAAAUUCCCGAAUAUCGGCCGGAAGAUGAUCCAAUUAAGUUGGACGCGUACAAUGUUCAGUGGACCAUCAGCGGCAAAAUGGUAAAAAGUUUGGAAAAGCGAUACGACAGCACCAUAAAAGAGAAGGGUAAGUUGAAAAAGCGAUAUUCUACAACAAGCACCCAGCAUGAACGAGAAGAAGUGAAAAGAAACAAUAAAAAGUUAAAACAAGAAAGCAAUCCCAGUGAAGAAGGUAAAACACUUUCAAACGAUCUAAAUGACUAA